AUGGCGUCCAACCCUGCCGAGGCGAUUGCACUGAACGCACGCCGUGCCUUUGAGGCGUCGCAGCUCGUCGCCCCCUCUGAGCGCGACAUCGCCCUCACUGCGAUCCGCACCGCGCUCUCGGAGAAGCGCGACGAGGUGCUCGCGGCAAACAAGGCGGACAUGGACGCUGCGCGUCCCCUCGUCGAGGCAGGCAAGCUCAGCGCAUCCCUGUUCUCCCGACUCGACCUCGGCAAGAAGGGCAAGUAUGACAGCAUGCUGCAGGGCAUCACGGAUGUAGCGGCGCUGCCCCUCCCCACCGGCCAGGUGACGUUUGCCAAGGAGCUCGGGCCGGGUCUCGCUCUGCACCGCGUGACGUGCCCCGUCGGCGUGUUGCUGGUCAUCUUCGAGGCGCGUCCCGAGGUCGUUGUGAACAUUGCCGCGCUUGCCAUCAAGUCUGGCAACGCGGCCAUCCUCAAGGGCGGCAAGGAGAGCACUCUGACUGCGACCCUACUGUCCAAGAUUAUUGCCGACGCACUUGCCAAGACCCAGAUCCCCUCCACUUUUGUCCAGACUGUGUCGACACGGUCCGAGAUCUCGGGCCUCCUCGCACAGGACAAGUACAUUGACCUCGUGAUGCCGCGCGGUGGCAAUGAGCUCGUCAUGAGCAUCAAGAACCAGACCCGCAUCCCGGUUAUGGGCCACGCCGACGGUAUCUGCGCCGUUUACCUCGACAAGAGCGCGGACGAGAACAAGGCGAUCCGUGUCGCCGUCGAGUCCAAGAUCGACUACAUGGCCGCGUGCAAUGCCGCCGAGACGCUGCUCGUCAACGAGAGCCUCGUCAACACGCUCUGGCCCAAGGUCGCUAACGCGCUCGCUGCUGUCGACGUGUCGCUGCGAUGCGAUGCCGUAACCCUGGCCGCGAUCAAGGGCCAGCCGGCCGAGGCCAAGGCGCAGGCCGCAGCCGCUGCCGACUUUGACACCGAGUUCCUCGGCCCAGAGAUCGCUGUCAAGGUCGUGCCUUCGGUUGGGGACGCGAUCAAGCAUAUCAACGAGCACUCGUCGCACCACACCGACUCGAUCGUCACCGAGGACGAGACCAGCAUGAGCGCGUGGGCGCGUGGUCUCGACUCGGCCAACUGCUUCAUCAACGCCUCGACCCGCUUUGCGGACGGUACCCGGUACGGACUUGGCACCGAGGUCGGCAUCUCGACGGGCAAGACGCAUGCACGUGGCCCUGUUGGGUUGGACGGCCUGGUCAUCUACAAGUACGUCCUGCGGAGUGAGAAGACGGACGGGUCUCUCAUUGCCGACCACGAGAAGGGCCAGGGAUACACUCACACCGACCUUGCCCGCGACCAGCCCCCAUUCUAG